AUGGAUGAACUAAUGACAAGAACCUCAUUGACUUCUCUCCAUAAAUCAGGAGACGAUCGAGUUAUUUCUCCAAAUAGUUUAGACGAGUGGACAUGGAGCAGUUUGAGAAAACAGUUCAAGUACAAGAGCCUAGAGAAGCUAUAUUCGAUUUAUCAAAGAAGACUGCAAAAUGGUUAUCUGUCGCUGUUCGUCCUUCUACGAGUGGUGCUUGGCGUCACCCACUGCACAAUAUUAAUCAAAAUGGGUAGCUUGAAAGAUUCUUUACCGGACUUGGUGACGUACAGUGUCCUGGGUGCUUUACUUCUCCCUGUAAUAGCUCUGUCAUUUCGACCAAAACUCAUCGCCAAAAAAUCCUACGUUCCAGUACUCCUGUCCUGCAUAAUCGUGGCACUUCUUGUCACAGGCGACCUGGCUGUUCCGUUAUAUUACACUGUUGCGUACUCCAGCAGCAUUCCAGCGAUAAGACCGGCCUAUGUAACUCACACGCUUCUGGCAUGUUAUAUCUUCUUGCCGCUUGCGGAAAAUCUACACGCUUUUAUACUCGGCACUACAGCGACUUUAUGCUACCUCGCCAGUUUAUAUCUGAUAACAUACAGGAACAUGCCCAAUGCAGUGAGCAGGAUCAUUGCUGAUGCGAUUUAUCUCGCGUGCGUUAAUGGCCUUGGACUCUACUUUAGAUUUAUGAAUGAAGUUGUAAUAAGACGAUCCUUUUUGGACAGACGCAAGUGUGUCGAGUCUACUCUUAGGUUGAACUAUGAAAAGGAUCAAGAGGAGCAACUUACGAGAAGCAUCUUACCGCAGCAUUUUGCUGUCAAGAUUAAGAAGGAAUUUCGGAAUAUCUUCAAGUUCAUUGAGGAACACAAAAAAGCGCCUCCUAAAGGACAACUUUAUAACGAUCUUUACGUGGAGACUCAUGAUAACGUCAGUAUUUUAUAUGCUGACGUUGUUAAUUUCUCGGGAUUAACCGUUGCUUUAUCAGUCACUAAACUGGUUGAGACCUUAAAUGAUCUAUUUGGGAGUUUCGACGAGGCUUCGGAAAAACACAAUGUUCUCAGGAUCAAGUUCUUAGGAGACUGUUAUUAUUGCGUUAGCGGCGUGCCAACACCGAAUUCUCAGCAUGCAAAGAGCUGCGUUGAUCUCGGAUUGGACAUGAUAUAUAUAAUUAACGAAGUGAGGUCAAGGGUACGCCAGGAAAGUGGAGAAGAUGUUAAUAUGAGAAUAGGCGUUCAUUCCGGCACAAUAAUAUCCGGUAUACUGGGCGUUAACAAGUGGCAAUAUGAUGUUUGGUCACGGGACGUAGUGAUAGCCAAUAAAAUGGAACAAACUGGUCAACCUGGUAUGGUUCACAUAACGCAACAAACGUUGGACCUUUUGAAUGCUGAUCAAUAUCAUCUGCAACCGGUAGCUAAUCUGGAAGAUGAAACCUUAAACAAAUACUGUAUCAGGAGCUACCUAAUAGCACCUGAACCACCAGUCCCCCCGCCACUCCCGCAGGUGCGUAUCGAACCUACUGAAUCCUCCUCUUCGUUCACCUCUGUAGCUCUUCAAGUCGUUGACAGGCGAACCUUGUUGCAGAACAGCGAGGACCACUUCAAGGUCACGGUUCCUGACUCGCCACCACCUCCUAAUAGACAUUACGUUAGAUGGGCUGGGAUGAGAUCAAGUACUACCAGUACAGGAGUUUCCUCAAAGAGUAAUAGGAGACUCACUUCAUCAGUGGGUAAUCAUGCCGACGUGUACGCGGGUACCUACAGACGACGUACGCACUUCAUGGACUCCUGUCUUCGUGAUUACCAUCUCAUGCUUAAGGCAGCUGAUGCUGAAAUGGAGAAUGCCAUCAAGCAAAUGCCUCUCAGCAAGUGGGAACAGUGGUGCGCAUGGGAACAUAUCAAUCCUAUCUGUCUGACUUUCCGCAAGUGGAAAUGGGAAAUACCAUUUGUACGAGAACCAGAUCCACUCUUCAAAUUCUACAUAGGCUGUGCUGCUCUGGUUUUGCUAUGCAUGGGACUGAUUUUCCUUGUGCCGUCAAUAACGUUUUCACAGUUCCACUUGAGCACUACUGUUGGUUACUCGGCAGCCAUGAUCUUUUUGGUCGCAUUGAUGCCACUUACUUGGAUGCACUUUAUUUGGAAUCGCUAUAAGGAUCCUCAUGAUGAACACGAAGGUCAUGUGCCUCAACCUCGUAACAAGCUUUUACAUUUUAUGUAUCAAACUAGUGUGAAGGUAGUCUGGAGUGCACUUCUCAGGACUAGUCUUUAUUUGGCUAUUACUAUCAUGCUAGCUGCUUGCGCCAUGUUGGAUAUGCUGUUUGAGUGUAAGAAUACAAAUAGGCUGGCGAACAACAAUGUAACCUCGAGUAUUGCUGCGGUCGGUGCUGCUGAAAUUGACUGUCUUUCUACGCCCUGGCAAAUGACCGAAACCUGUUCCUUGGCUAUUCUUACCAGUUUCUUAUUUCUAAGGAUUCACUUCAUCUUGAAGCUAAUAAUAGGUUGCUCCAUAGUGGUGUUUUAUACGUGGAACGUCUGGCUAUAUCGUUCAGUCGUAUUUCAGUCGGACGAUACAUGGAAUCCUUACAUGGAACCAAGAAUGGCUCAUAUUCUAAGCGUUGCUUUUCUAACGUUCUCUCUCCAUCUCAUCGACCGUCAGGCAGAGUACAUGAGCAGAUUAGACUACCAGUGGAAGAGGCAACUAACAAAAGAACAGGACGAGGCAUUUCAUACAAGGAACGCGAACAAGCUUCUACUGCGAAAUAUCUUACCUGAACAUGUUGCCGAGUUUUACCUUAACAUGACCAGAUCAGAGGAGAAUGAACUAUUCCAUGAAGCGUACGACACCGUGGCCGUCAUGUUUGCUUCUUUGACGGAUCUGUCCAUAGACGAAAAUACGAUGCUAGUAGUUCUCAAUAAAAUCAUUUGCGAAUUCGAUAGACUCCUUUUCAAUCAAAAAUUUGCAACUCGCGUAGAAAAAAUUAAAAUUGCAGGCACAACAUACAUGGCAGCCUGCGGUUUGGAUGCCAGUAGAAGAGAUUCUGCACAUAGUAGCGAGACUAGUUCAAAUACUGAUGAACAUGUUGUGAAAGUCAUGGCGGAUUUUGCUGUCCACAUGAUGGCGGUACUUGACAAAAUGUAUUUGCCCACUGAUAGACCCUACAAGUUGAGGAUAGGAAUAUCCCACGGUGAGGUUACCGCUGGUGUGGUUGGCGCUCAAAAGCCUCUAUAUGAUAUUUGGGGCGAUGCCGUGAACAUGGCAUCCAGAAUGGAUACUACUGGCGUUCCUGGUAAGAUACAGGUAACGAAAAGAACAGCUGCAGUCCUCGAGCAACAUGGAGUCAAAUGUCAUCUACGUGGGGAAACGUACGUGAAACCUAAAGGUCUAGUCACUACAUACUUUGUGGGUGUCGAGGGAAACAGGAAACUCGAGAGAAUUACAUCCGUGGAGGAGACUAAUCUUUGAUGAGACUUCUAUAGGAACCUUCAUAUCGACUCUUUUAAGCUACCUACCUUCCUAGGCGUUCUACUCAAAUUUGAGAAAGAAUGCAUCGGUAAUGGGUCCAAGGAAUUAUGAAGCCAAAGAGAUCAAAGAGACCAAAGAGACAAAUGAUAAGAAAUAUCAAUUGUAUAUCUAGUACUUCCUUUAUUUUUUUAACUCUUUUAAUGCAAUCAACUGAAUGCCUCCAGCAACCUGUGGAUUCGAUAAUGACAGUCCAAGUUUACAAAUGUUAACCAUAUAUCAAUUUAUAUAGUAUACUCGCACAUACGUAUGCGCCAUACGCAGCAAAUGAGAAUACGGAUUUAAAUAAUUAGCUGAUAAUCGAAAAUAUAAAUGAUUCCAUUUUAAAGUAGAUACCAUACAUGAUUUGAUUCUUCUAUAUCUGCAUGUUCUUAGGUAUCAACAUCGCGUUGAUUUCUACGUCAUUUUCAUCAUGGAAACGGUAAACGAAUCCAUUCGAUAACUUAUACAUUCUUUUUCCCUUUUAAGUUGAACAUGACAUUCUUUAAGUAUGAUGAGAAUUGUAUCAAAACAAUGUGAUAAGUUACGAUAGACCAUAGCAUCUGAAAAAGAAACAUUAUAUAGUUAUCGUACAAAUUGCCGAUUCUUCAAAGUGAAUUUGAAUAAUUUUGGAAGCUCAACAGAGGAUUUGAAUCAUUAAGAUAUUUAUGUGAACGAUCUUUCAUGCGCCAUUACCAUUAAGAGUGUCUAUGUAUAUUGGAAUAUGUAACGGCGACUUUAUUUUUCUAUGUAUCGCGCGCGCCAUCAUAUAGCUGAUCUCUAUUGGUCCGUGUGAUAGCGACUUUAUCUGUAAAUAAUUCUGUACAUAGUCUUACGUUAGGAUCAUACGACCAAAAGGCGUGUUUGAAACUUUUGAAUAAAAUAUUUAUUGCAGCGUACCAAAAGUAAAUUAAAUUCUAUAGAUAAAUAUACUUAUUAAGGAUGGUUGGAAACGCCUAAAAUCAAAGAAUCCUACAACAAAUACUUUACUGGCUCCGCAGUAAUUUCGAUGAGAGAUAAUCGAAAAUUAUUAAUCUUUUCAUGCCUAUGAUUAUUCCUUGUAAACCUUACACUGGUUUACUGUAUCUUAAAAUUCAUGAAAUUUCAAUCUCUUUCCUUGAGUUCAGAAGUGGAUCUACCGAAUGACCCUAAAACAUUAUUUAAUUAUGAGAUGAUCCAUAUAUUGAUCUUUAUAUAAAUCUCACAUCAGUAAACAGGUUUCCAAUAUUUACAUAGAUAACCUAUAUAACAUCCUAGAAAUUCUGUAGUUGAGAUGUAACUAUUGCAAGAUUUGUUUGCUCCUUUACUAUAAUAUAUUACUUAUCGAUUCAUAGAUUAAAUGUAUUACGUUCAAGUAAAUAAGUACAACAAAUAUAUUGAACAUAGAAGUCCGUAACAAGAUGUAAUAUAUUUACAUCAUUUGGCUAAGAAUGCAUGAGAAUAUGUAAAUGUUCAUAACGCACAUAAUGACAUUAAUAAAAUAAUCUAGAGCCAGCAUAAUAACAUAACUAUAACUCAGCUAAAUAGUAGCAGAUAAUAGGAGUGAAUAAAAUGUAAGCAUUUAAACGAAUAAACCAUUAUUGUAUUAUCAAAACAUUCCUAUGCAAGUGUAAGUUAAGAAGGGCAAACAAAUAAUCAUGAUUAAUAAAUAAAUUUUAUUUAUUGUA